AUGGCAACAACAGCAUCUCGACGGCCCUCGGUGUCGGCCAAUGGUGAUUAUGUCUCACGCCAACAAAGAGCAGGCAAUGGGGUGAUCCGCACAUCUUCGACCCGGCGACAACAGAGCACCGGGACAGGUGGACCGGCUAUGGACUAUCAGGACGACUAUCAGAACGCGCCUUCCUAUCCCCCCGCAGCUCCGGAAGCGCCCAGGGCUCCCCCAAUUUCCUACAGAAAUGGCUCCGCUCCCGCAUACCACGGCCAUGAUUCUCGGUCAUUCUCCUCAAGAACGAGAGACUUACCAUCUGAGGAUUCUUUUGGGCCUUCUGAUGAUGGCUACGAUGCUACUAAGACAACCAGAAAUGAUAAAAUACCUUAUCAGCGACCUCCCGAACCCAGGAGGGCCAAUACCCAACCGUUACCAGACGAUGGCACUCCUGCGGCGGCCAUGUCGUCGAACUCGCUGAAUCAAAGCCAGCGGUCGCGGAAAGCCUCGGAUGCUGUUUCCCCCCAUGGAUCGGGAACUCGAACGGCUUCACUGAGUCGCUCGAGCACCGUCCGUUCCGCAAAUGGCGAAACGCGUCUGUCCGCGGAUCGAUCUCCUCUUCAACAGCUGGAAGUGACCCUUCAGGGGCUCAGCAAAGAAGAAAAAAGAGCGCGUGUGGUAGAGGCGGAAAUGCGGUUGAAAGAACAAAUUGCUCGUCGCCAAAGCCAGCGUGCAAGCCGUGAAGAGGGCUCGACGUCCUCCAGAAGGACAGGUGCUGAUAAUGAUUCCACAGCUGCAGCGUCAAGCGUGGAAGACCAAAAAUUGGAUAGGAGUGUGGGUUCGAAACAGAGUGACGUACCUCGCCGUAGCACCACAGUCGAAUCGAAACGUCCGGAACAGGCGCAUAUAUCUGCAGCUCCUCAGGAUAGAGGCAGUCAAGACUAUCAAUAUGCAAGGAAACAACCAGCUACUACUCGCACGCAAGCUCCCGUAGAUGUUCAAUACGCUUCGGUUCAGGCUGCGAGGCAGCCUCAGUAUGCUUCAACGGAAGAUGAUGGGAGAGCUGCAGAGGCCGCAAGGGAUACUGGCCGGCCGCAAACUGGAUACGAGUUCCGCUCGUACAGCAUGGAUAAUUCGUUUUCUGCGGGACCUUUUCGGACUGAGAAUACGUCACAUAGAGCAGUCUUGAAUCAGCCAUUUGCCGGGGGUCCUGCCACCUCUGCGGGCGUGGCACGGACGAAUAGCAAGAAGUUGCAAAAACGACGAGGUCCUGAAGAUGAGCAACAACGUUCUCUUGGACAUGAUGGCCAGCAACUACCACCCAGAACGCAGGUUGACCAGACUAUUGGCCUCGGUAGCACCAACCCACAGGAUCCUGAACGGACGGCUUUUCAUAGCAAGGAGGCGGCUGGACCCGACCAGGCACCAGCUGGAGUUACGCUCAACAAAGCUCCCGAUCAUCAACAGGACACGAAGAAUGAUCGUAAUGACGAGACUACUCCAUCACAACAGAAACCGAAGAAACAAACGGUCUCCUUUGAUGUUCCACCACCCACGCCACCUCCGCUGUCAGAAUGGCGGGACGCCCCUGUGGCGCGUUUGCGCCUCGCGAAUAGGGAAUUUGAACAUUUUGAUGCAGAUAAAGGCAAAGCUUGGUGGGAACGAGGCGGCAGCUCGAAUCGGAGACAGAGCAGGGCGCUACCGAGUGACUAUCGGAAGCCGCCGCCAAAAGUGAACGAAAGGAGCCGGUUCGAGCCACCCUUGUUCUUAAAGUGUGGGCCAUUGCUACGGUUUCUAGGAAUCAGAAGAACGAAGGUUGAUGGGCCCAGUGGUCCCAUCGAGCAAGAGGUCUGGCGAGGCAGUAUCAUGAUCGUGACUGCUGACUCCCGUUCCUCUUAUGAGCCUCCACCUACCUUACGACUCUUUGCCCAACCCAUGGAUCUUCUGCCGCCUCCGCCUAGGGAGAUCAGCGGGGAGGAAGGCGUUCAGCUACCUCCGGAAUAUGUUGACCCAACGGCCGGACUCAUCAAAGUUGGACGCGAUGGGCGAAAACUGUACGUCAAGCCCGUUGAUCAUGUUGAUGAAGCAGUCGAUUUAUCACGAGUCGAGAGUGAGGAUGGGCUCUACGAGGAGUCUCCUAGCCCCAUUGACUACAGCAGUGAUGGCCCGGGAAAGCCAGUUCCAACUAACCGGAUUCACCCUAUCGAUGGAGAAAAAAGCGGGCAAUAUGAGCAGAUUGAAGGAUUCCGGCUGUAUGCUGAUCCGGCAAGGGACGUGACUUUCUGGAGAUUCAACAUUGAAGUAGAACUGGGAGACAAGCAGGAGCGCAUUGCCUACCGCAUCAAUGAAGGACCGGCGAUUGGGUUCUGGGUACCUGGCAGGGGCCAGUCUAUGAACAUUAUGUUUCAUUCUGGCAACGGGUUCGGCUUGUCUGUCGAUCCUAACAAAUUCAGCGGCCCAGAUCCUCUGUGGAGAGAUGUCCUCAAUGAGCACCAGACUCGCCCAUUCCAUGUCAUGAUCGGCGGUGGUGAUCAGAUCUAUAACGAUAACGUCGUGCUGGACUCGAAACUCUUCCAGGAGUGGACACAAAUUAAAAACCCCCAACAGAAAUAUCACGCACCAUUCACCGCUGCGAUGAAGGCGGAGCUGGAGACCUUCUUCUUGGAGCGGUAUGCCAUGUGGUUUUCGCAGGGUCUGUUCAGUCUUGCGAACUGUCAGAUACCGAUGGUCAAUAUUUGGAAUGAUCACGACAUCAUUGGCGGAUUUGGCUCGUAUCCCGACCCCUUUAUGAGGGCACCGGUCAUCUCUGGUUUGGGAAAUGUAGCGUACAAGUACUAUUUGCUCUUCCAGCAUCAGAGCGUACCAGAAGAGACCGAAGCAGACGAGCCCAGCUGGCUUCUUGGAGCUGACCCGGGACCCUAUAUCCAGGAAAAGAGCCGGAGCGUGUUCAUGUCUCUCGGGAAAAAUGUGUUCUUCCUGGGAUUGGACUGCCGCACUGAACGGAUGCGGGAUGAGAUCUUGAGUGAGCAGACUUGCGAUCUCAUCUGGGAUCGGUGUCACCGCGAGAUUGUGAAAGGCGAAACGAAGCAUUUAAUUGUCCUUCUAAGCGUUCCUAUCGCCUAUCCCAGACUUGUGUGGCUCGAAAAUCUACUGUUUAGCCGAGUAAUGGAUCCCGUCAAGGCUCUGGGCAAAGCAGGGAUAUUUUCGGGUUUGCUUAAUAAAUUCGAUGGCGGCGUCGAAAUGCAGAGCAGUCUGGAUGACCACUGGACGGCCAAAAUGCACAAGAUCGAGCGAACGUGGUUGAUCGAGGAUCUGCAAGACCUAGCAGCGGACAAAUCGGUCCGGGUUACUAUUCUGAGCGGCGACGUCCAGUUGGCAGCUAUCGGACAGUUCUAUUCGAAUCCGAAGCUGAACGUGGCCAAGGACAAGGACUACCGAUAUAUGCCGAACGUUAUCUCCUCAGCGAUUGCCAAUGCACCAGCGCCUGAGAUGCUGUCGGAUGUCCUCAACAAGCGCAACAAGAUUCAUCAUAUGGAUUCCAAUACGGAUGAAGACAUGAUUCCUAUCUUUACGCAUGAUGUGGACGGUAAACCGCGCAAUAACAAGCGACUGCUCCCGCGACGGAAUUGGUGCUCCAUCCGAGAGUAUCAGCCAGGGUUAACUCCUCCGUCGACCCCUCCUGAGCCAGCUUCUCCGCCAACGCCAGAACUCGCGCCGGGCAAAUUACGAAGGACUCUGUCUCUGGGCCGAGGAGAAAACCGGGAUAACCCUCGCGGGGGUCUGCUACGACGGCUUUCGCAACGUGGCCCCCCACCGACCAAAGACUUCAAUUUGGAAGGGGCAAGGCAGCGCCGUGUCAGUAUGGACGGACCUCGCCCGCCGGCUCCUGGGACGGGCAACAGCUAUUUCCCUGCACCAGAAGCAUCACGGCCGGCCCCUUUCCACCGCCGCCCAACCAACCUGAGCCAGAAGGCCGCUAAGAAGGCAACUGCGGAAGGCAACGAUGGUUUGGGCGCCUACAUCAAUCUCGAAGGCGGGUUAGAUAUUACUUUAAAUCUGGAGGUUAAUCCCAAAGAUCCCUCGGGUAUCACAACGCCGUACAGACUGCUUGUACCUGCAUUAUGGUACGAUGGCGGGUAUGACCCACAGCCCACGCGGGUCGUCAAAGGCUGGAAAAAGUGGCUGGGUCGCGGUAAGAAGAAGAAUGAUGUUGCGCCACCCGAUGAAGGCAGUGACGGCGGCGAGGAUGGCGGCAAGUAUGAAGAGGAUGAGUUCUCUGAGAGCGAGGAAGAGGCGCCGUCAUCCCAUUUUCCCCAGCAUAUUCCUCAGCGGACUCAGGGCCAGCCGCCAGAAGGGCUGAUUGAUAACGAACUGGAGAUUUACCGGCCGAAGAAGAAAUGGUUCAGGUCAGGCGCUCCUGGAAAUGAGAAAAACUGGCUGAUGAUCGUCGUCCUGAUUGUUAAAUAUGCGAUUAGACAAUGCCUCUGA